CUACCUAACUAACACGGACAGACGGCUAACCGACCAGGUGACGCAUCACUGUUGUUGCACAGCUGUGUUGCUGUUGCUGGCCUGCCCGACCUUAGCAGUAGCUUCGAUCGAUCCGUCGAACAUUAGUUUACGAGGAAACGUCGCGUAAUACGCACGCCGCCGCUUGACCGUUGGCAGAACUGAAACAGAAUACAUAUUCGUGUGCUUAAAUCGUUGAGUUAAAAUUCUGUGCAGUAGAAUACGGACACUUUGCCGAAUUGAUAACAGGUUGAGAUUACACAAAUAUAGCGACUUGGUUAGAGCGCUGCGUAUCCACGCCGAUUCCACGCGUGAGUGUUUUCCGGUAUCGUCGCCGUAUCCAUUGAAUAGUCUUGUAUUAUUUAGCUGGAACGCGAAAACAAGUGCUUGUUAGAAAUCAUCGAUAAAAGUUUAAUCCAGAUACCUAAAACCAAACGCUAAAGGCGAUGGAAUCUCCUGUCCCGGCCCGGGGAAUGCCUCCCCCACCCCCACCCAAACCUCACAAAUCUCCUGUGCUAAACGGCAAUGGUAACUAUCAUCAGAGUACCAACAACAAUGACACCAACAAGAACAAUAACUAUCACGAAGAAGGAGGGACUGCUUUGAACGGUGCAGCCAGCAAAGUCAACAGUCAGGCCGCCGCGGUUCCAUUCGCAGUUGGCAAUCCGUCGGAGCCACCGGCGGACGAACAAGUCGUGAUGACACCGCGCGGUAAAACAUCAAAUUCGACGGUGCUGCUGAUCGAGCGGAAGCUAGUGCAGCAGAUCGGUGACCGGACACACGUGGCCGGAGGCGACCAUCGGGGAAUCAUCAUCAACAAGGAUAGCGUCGUCGAUCAGCAAACCGUUCGCCCUCCCGCCCAGCUAAGUUUGGAGUUUCGUGUGUUCCUGGUCAGCGCCAACACCGGCCAACACUCGCAGGAAUCACGCACGAUACGAUUCUGGUUUCGCGAUUGGUUGCAGAAUGGAGACUCCCAAGCCCACGUGGCCCAAGAUUUCUUCCGCGAGCUAGUCAGCCCAAAAGAGUUCCCCAGAGAUUAUGUCGGGUUCAUUAAAAAGAUUAUGAAACAACUCCAGAAAGGGUACAAUGGCAUACAAGCCGUCGAAGUAGAACUGCGAAUAUUGGAGCAAACUUCAGCACCACCGUCCAGACCACCUCGUCCCGGCCACGUUUUAGUUUGCUACGGACAAUGUGAUAAAAGUGAUAGGGGACUUCACAGCGAUGAAGUCGAUAAAGGUGGUGGUGUUGGUGGUGGUAGCAUUCAUCCUUCUCCCAUUCAUUCACAAACAGAGGAACCGACUGUAUCAUUUGAAGAUUCGCAGUUUGAAGUUGUUCCAUUGACACCGGAGAAGAUCCUGGAGUUGAUAGAGCAGGCGUAUCCCAAUCCGAUAACUCCUGAAGACCUAGCGAAGGAUAAUGGCUGGGACGAAGAAGAGGUUCUGCAGAUCAUGAUGCUAUUGAAGGAACGCGGUUUGAUCAAAUCCAUGGAGUACAAUUCGUUCACUCGCAUCCACCAUGACGACAAAGAGAUCAAAAUUGUGAAACAGAUGCCGACGAUCGCUUCCAACAAGCAGCCAACGAUUGCAAUCAUCACAGCGCAGUACUGCGAAAAGCUAGCCGUAGAUGCCAUGCUCGAAAAUAAGGAAACAUUUGUCCGUUACACCACUGUUGGGACUUCACCGAAUACCCCAAUCAACGGCCUUCAAAGAAACAGAAAAAGUAGACGACGUUUUGGUGAAUCGAAUGUAUACACGCUUGGCAAUAUAGGUGCCCAUCGAAUUGUCAGUACGAAACUACCAUCGAUCGGAAGUACCCGAGAGGCUAUGACUGCUGCGGGCAAUACGACAACCCGUCUACUGGGGACCUUCCAAAAGGUAGACUUCGUAUUUAUCGUCGGAUUGGCCGGUGGCAUACCCCACUACACCGACUAUAAAAAGCACGUGCGCCUGGGUGAUGUGGUAAUUGCGUCCAUUUCGGAACAAAACCGUACUUCGUUGGACGCCAUCGGGCAUCAGCAGCAAAGUGGCCUCAAUAAGCCCUAUUGUUAUGUCUACAACAGCCAGGAUGAACUCAAAACGUACUAUCCCGUUGACGAUUGUUUGCAAACCAUCGGGAAAACGUUGCACUCGAAUGACGACGGUAAAAAACCUUGGGAGGUAUACAUCAAGGAAGGUCUUCUCAAUCUCAGCAGUAGAAGCGAUAACAACUUUGAUCGACCGGCACCGAACACUGAUAAACUGUACAUGAACAUUGGAAACAAGGACGUCAUCGAAGUGGCUCAUCCAGUUUCGCAAGAUGAAACAGAUGGCGUACCACAGACGCGGCUUCACAUUGGUCCCAUCGGUUCCGGUUAUGAUCUCAUUAAAUCAGACAGUUCAAGAACACAGUUUUCCCAGCAGUAUGGUUUGGUGGCUACCGAUGUGGAAAUGAACUCCGUCUUAGACAGCAUUGUAGGCAAUUGUCGUGACAGCUUUAUCCUAGUGAAGGGUAUUUCUGAUUAUAAGGAUGGGACAACAUCGAAAAAAUGGCAAAACUAUGCCUCUUUGGCGGCCGCUGCGGUCAUGAAAACCAUUAUCUGCGCCAUGGAUGCACCGACAAAUGUUUGAGUAAACAUUAUUCACAAAAAAGAAAGAAAAACACGAUCACCGAAAGGCAUGUCUUCUGAUGUAAUACAUACAUAUUCUAGCUAACCCCGCAACAGAUCUAGUUCUUGAAACAGCAUAAAGUACCAAAAUGUUUUUAUCGCAGUUUUAAUUCGAAGUUAAGUGUUUUUUACUAUUUAUUUUCUCUUAUCAGAAAUUUCAAUAUCAUUAGUAAGAGAUUGUGAUUGGUCAAAGUAUAAGUGCAGAAAAAUAUAGAUAAUAUAUUUAUUCCACAAUUUGUAGUCAUA